AUGGCUACCCUUGCACAAUGCGGGGAGGUUUUACCCACCAUCGUGGAUGCUUCUUCCUCAACCCCGCCGGGCAACACGGGGGUCGUGGAGCUUUCGCUUGGGGAAGAGUUGCUCUCCAUGCGAUUUUAUGGGCACCUCGUCUGGGGUGAGGAUCUCCUUGACCGGGUUUCAAUCCUGGAUUCUCGCAUCGCUUAUUCCCCUAAGGUCGAGGUUGUCUCGACUAAACCUAGCUUGGAGGGAAAGGGGCGUGAUGACGUGGUUUCCGAGAGUGAGAUAGCAAGGGCCGUGUCGUGGGCCGAAGGGGUUCUGGCAGACACAGUUGGGGUAGUGGUGGCAUUAGUGAAGAUGAGUUCGGCAGCAAGUGAAAAUGACGAGAUGAUUGAUUUGGACCCGUUUGACUCAGAAAGUUUUCAAAAUGAGGAAGUUAAAACAAAAAGAAGGAAACGGUCAAACGUGUGGGCUUUUUUUGAAAUGGUUCCUGAUUCUGAGAUCAAUGAUGGCAAGCCAUGA